UGCUAUGACGUCAUUCAGCUUCAGCCUAAUGUGCGCCACAAAAACAAAAAAAAGAACUAACAGUUCCUUCUUUCUUGUCAUGUAUUUUACAGUAGAUGUCACGUUGUAAUUGGUUACGGCCGGGAACCACUGGGGAACGAGACUGAUCUAUACCCCUCAACAAUUUAAGGGAUUUCCAAAAACAUUCUUUCCCUUUCGUUGAAUCUGACUCACUUCACGUGCAACUAACGAAGCAAUAUAUUAUGGUCCAAAGUGAGAAAGAACACCAUGAGCUCAAGUCAACAUUCACCAGCUGAGAAUGAAUACUUUUCUCAUUCUCUUAUGCUUGCUCUCUGAAGCGGUCUCUGUCAACAUCGUAGCUAGAGGAGACAGCAGGGUUGACUUCAAUGCCGACGCAUCAUAUACCUGCUCCCUUGCAGACCCGACAGGUGUGCUGCAAGUCACCUGGCAGAGGCUGUUCAAAGACGACUCGGUGGAGAAUCUGGCCACCUACAGCAAGCGGUUUGGCGCUCAAAUCAUAGACCCGCACCGAGGCAAGGUGGUUUUCACGGAGGCAUCUCUCAACUCGACGUCCAUUACCGUGAAGAAUGUAACAUGGGCGGACGAAGCCUGCUAUAUUUGUUCCUUCAAUGUUUACCCGAGUGGAUCAAGACGCAAGCAGACGUGUCUUACCGUUCAAGGUGUAUCAGAAGUGAGAGCCACAAUGCAAAAAGUCCCCAGCACUGAACCUGACUCAGACAUGGAAGUUGUGGUCAGCUGCUCUGCCACAGGUAAACCAGCACCUUGGAUCCAAUGGAACAUUUCUGCAGCAGCACUCAUAAAGACACCUAACAACUGGACUGUCAUUAACAAAGACCAAACUGUCACAGCCAUUAGCAACAUCACCCUCCAACUGUUGCCAGGCUCAGGGGGAUACGUGGACUGUAUCGUAAACAAUGGGAUGAGGACACAGAGACACGAGCGGGUCCUGCUUCCUAUUCUCCCUGGAGAGAGGGAGGUUGAAGAGGAUGACAAGAGGACAUCCCCGUGGGCUGUUGCCAUUCCAGUAUUCCUAAUCAUUUCCCUUUUAGUCAUCUUUGGCUGUGUCGAACUUCAAAAGAAAAAAGGUUGCAGGCAAGCAGCGUUGGCAACGACAGCAGACGAGCAGGACCCUGUUAGGAGCAUUGUGUAAACAUCUGUCUGUUGUUGCUGACCGUGCUUAUAUGCACUGUAGCUGACGGCUGUUUUUGUUGAGGACUGGAGCACCUGUUGUUACUGAGCCUGGAUGUUGAACCUUGUUGAAUCAUUCUUACACAGUCAUGAAUAAGCUAAUUAACACAUGCAUUAUACAAGCCAUGAUAUGGUUAAUGCUGUUUAGAGGUACUGAAAUGGCACUUUUAGGUUUGAGAGAUUGAUGACCUCUUGUAGGUGAGUGUUGUGAUAUGAGGUAGGUUACUUGUUGCCUGGCUACCCAAACUCCUUGCUCCGGCCAAACGCCACGCCCAAGGACGUUAGUUUCUUCUUCGCAAUGAGUCUGGAUUUGAGUACCUCCCCAACAUUUCACCGAAUGCCAACACAUUCGGGGGCCAUCUGAUUUGUCCGGUAACGAUGGGUUAAGUCAGAGCUAGAACACACGUGGGUAAAACAGUGGUUUGAAAAUUCAUCAUUGGCUGUUACUCUGAUUGGUUAGAGACAAUCCAAUCGCUGAAGACAUUGUUCUGUACAACACCCAUCAUGCCCCUCGUCACCACAAACAACUUCAUUAAUAACCCUCACCAUAUCCAGACUAAAGUAUGUAGUGAAGGACAAAGCAGCGGAAGAAUUUAGUUUGAGUCGUCAGGCUAGGUUACCUCAUCUAUUAGGACAGCACCACCUACUGUUUGAAUGUACUUUAUUAUAACAUACACCAAGUAGAAUAGAUUUAUCUAUUUAUUUUAUGGUUUUAAAUAACCUAUUAAUCUAUUUUAUUUCAACCCACUUCAAUAUGAUUGAAUUUGUUGCACUUUUGUUCAAGUUAAGUUUACAGUGUAUUGUUAUUAUAAAUCUAUGGAACUACAGAUAGUUUUGUUGUUCUUCAUGUUAUGUCAGUAUAAUGUGUGAAUGUAUUUGAGGCCUUAGAAUGUAAUGGUGAUAAUGUUUGCUCUUUAAUUGUUUGUUAUAUCCUCAUGUUUGAGUUCCUAUUUAUUUAUUUUGAUUAUGGAUGUUACUUGUUGUGUUAGAUUCCAAUUUCCAUUUGAUUUGACGCUGUUUAUAAAUCAGGCUAUUAUUCUCGCUUGAUCUGUACAAUGUUUUCGGUUGUUUAAUAUUCAAAAACAUUCUUUAUAUGUAUUUAUGGAUUGUGUUACCACCUGUUUGAUAUAAAACUAUUCGCCGUAUUUAAAAAAAAAAAAAUACAAAAACAACAACUGCCAAUUGUCUCCUUACUUAAACUUAAAGUCAGGGGUAGGUUCUUAUAGCUCUGUUUCAGUAACAUCGCCAUUUUAAGAUCUGGGGUAGGUUGUUAUAGCUCCUCCUUGUUUACAGUAAUAUCACCAUAUCAGGGGUAGGUUGUUAUAGCUCCUCCUUGUUUACAGUAACAUCACCAUUUACAAUCAGGGUGUAGGUUGUAAUAGCUCGGCGCCAGGCUCACUUGGCUAUGUGUGUGUAAUAUUUCAGCUCCUAUCUGUUUUAUUAUCUGAGAA